AUUAAAUCGGAAGUAAGUACGUGGCCGCUUCAGGCAGCUCAUAUUCUGCAUGAUGGCGACAGAGGUUCAGAGCGGCGACCUCAACAAUGGCAGUUCUAGCCGGCUCGAAGUUUCAAUCGAUGGCCUCACCCUCAGUCCGGAUCCCGAGGGCGAGCAGGAGCAAGUCGUUGAACCGGACCCCGUGCCCGCGGAGCAGGAGACCGAGGACCAGAGCACCGCCGAAGCCACCGACGAUGGGCAGGAAGGCGAGUCUGCCAAAACCACGAUAGAGAGGAAAUGGGGCUUUGGUUUGCUGGAGCUAUACGGACUAGCAUUGAAAUUCUUCAAAGAUAAGGAUGGGAAGGCCUUUCACCCCACCUAUGAGGAGAAGCUUCGUCUGGUGGCCCUCCACAAGCAGGUGUUACUGGGGCCAUACAACCUCGACGCCUCUCCAGAGGUGGGCUUCUUUGACGUCCUGGGCAAUGACCGCAGGAAAGAGUGGGCUGCUCUGGGUAACAUGGAGAAGGAGGAGGCCAUGGUGGAGUUUGUCAAGCUGUUGAACAAAUGCUGUAAUUUAUUCGCUCCUUACAUCACCUCCCACCAAAUAGAGAAGAAGGAGCAGGAAAGGAAACGGAGGGAGGAGGAGGAACGACAGCGCCGGGAGGAUGAAGAGCGGGAACAACAGAGACAGGAGGAGGAGAGGCGGAGGCUUGAGGAGGAGGAGAGGCUGAAGAGGGAGGAGGAGGAAAGGAGACAGUUGGAUGAGGAGAGGCUACGGGUGGAGCAGCAUAAACAGCAGAUCAUGGCAGCAUUGAAUGCCCAGACAGCGGUGCAGUUUCAGCAGUAUGCUGCCCAACAGUAUCCAGAGAGCCCUGAGCAGCAGCUGGGUCUCAUACGCCAGCUGCAGGAACAACACUACCAACAGUACAUGCAGCAGCUCUACCAAGUCCAGCUGGCUCAGCAACAGGCAGCCUUACAGAAGCAGCAGGAGGAUGCGGUGGUGCAGGCUACCCUGGAGGUCACCAGUGAGCCUUUAGCUGCAGUGCCCCCGGCUAGAGAGGUCCCCAUGCUCAACGGCCAGUCAGACUCCCACUCUGAGAGCAUGGACAAAGAGCCAGAACCUUUCCAGCCUGCCGAUGAGUUCACUGAGAAUGGGCCCAUGGGUACACUUACGCAUCGACCAGCAGACUCUCCCCCGGUCAUCGCGGCUCCCUCCAUGUGGACGCGGCCCCAGAUCAAGGACUUCAAGGAGAAGAUCCGACAGGACGUGGACAGUGUGAUCACGGUGGGGCGUGGCGAGGUGGUGACGGUACGCGUGCCCACCCACGAGGAGGGCUCCUACCUUUUCUGGGAGUUCGCCACGGACCACUACGACAUCGGCUUCGGAGUCCUCUUCGAGUGGACUGAUGCCACCAACGCCUCGGUCAGCGUGCACGUCAGCGAGUCAAGCGACGAAGACGAGGAUGAGGAAGGGGAGCCUCCCAGGGAKGGGGUGAAGCAUAAGAAGGGGGCAGGGAAGCCCCAGGUGGAUGAGAUCGUGCCGGUGUACCGGCGGGACUGUCACGAGGAGGUCUACGCCGGCAGUCACCAAUACCCUGGCCGUGGUGUCUACCUGCUCAAGUUCGACAACUCCUACUCUCUCUGGAGGUCCAAGAGCGUCUACUACAGAGUCUACUACACCAGAUAAGCCUGGAGAUGGACUUGGGGAGGGUGGGGUGUGUCUGUACGUUAAGAGAGGAGGGGGGGGGGUGAGAGGAUCUGUUCUGGACAAGACCACCCGAGGGCGACAUGUCAGACUCAGUUUGGAGAUGGGACUUCUAUCUGUGUGCUGUGCGUGUUUGCAUACACCUUGUCGGAGUUUGGGAGGGAGUUAACGCUGUAGUCUAUUUGCCGACCUGUCUUUUCUCAGAGGCCACCUCUAGGACUCUGUUGUAUUAAUGUCUGUCUUCCCUGCCCAAACGUCAUCUAACCCACAGUCUAUGUUCUGUCAUGUCAUUGUUAUGGCUGUGCUUCUAUCUGACUAUCUAUCUGACACUUCUUAAUCGGAGUUUACCUUUUUCAAGCCCACCAUGGGUUAACACAGAGCUAAAGUUCAUACAGGGUUUUGUCCAAUGAGGAAGUCAUGGACAAAUAGAGUCCGAACAGAGUGACACGCUACACUACAGCACCAUGCCUUUGUACUAUAGCAGGAGUCCCUUAUAGACCAACACUGAGUAACACACUCAACUGAACACAGUCAAUCGCUCCUGUAGUGGCAAUACUGCUGCGGAAAGAGCUACACCCAGAUCCACAUGAACGCCUAGCCCCUACCAUCUACACCCUUCUGGGAUCUGAGACGGUUGGAUUAUAGGCAUAAGCAAUACGGCUUGCCUAUCAGAGAGCAAGGUUAUCGUAUUGUUAUUAUCUGUGCAAACCGUACACAUCUCCACAAGUGCAUAGGGAGAAGAGGCUAGGGGUAGAUUGGCCGCUAUUCUACUGAACGAGGGAUCAUUGAGAAGUGGGGAUAGGGUUAAAAGUGGAAAGGGUAUUGGUGGUGGAAGAGGGGAUAUGACAUGUACAUUGGAAAGUAUGGUUGAGGCCUUGUAAAUUUGGGCAUCGAAAUGGAAUGCUGAAAAAAUUUGAUUGUCUAAAAAUGAUUUAUUUAUUUGCCCUUGCUAUUCUUGUAGAGUAGGAUAAAUUUUUUUGUCUGUAUAAUAUUUGGGUGUAUUUCAUCUCCAGUCGCCUCCCUGCUUCAGGAGACAUGUCUCUAGUCUUUAGAUCAGGGUUCCCAAAUAGGCGGCCUGCAGAUGAUUUUUAUUUUGUCCCCUAAGUUUUUCUGCUGUAGGACAGAAGACUAAAAUCACCAGGAAAUCAGCUCAAAGUGAUUUUUAAUUUAGGAAAUCUGUUCCCAAGUAUUCCCACACAAAUAUAGAAAGGGAUACGAUCACAUAUGCCAAUGUAAUCAAGGUUGAAAAUAUUCAGUUUGUCAAAUACUUUAUCUGUUUUGGAUUCUUGCAGUCAAUUUGCAGUGUACAAAUUCUAACUAUGUUCGGCCCCCCGACCAUCCGCUCAAGGAGAACUUGUCCAAUGGCUGAAUGUAAUAGGGACCCCUGCUUUAGAUGCUUGCUUUUCUUUAUGGCCGCUGGUCUCAGGACAUGACAGGUGAAAAUAAGGAUGGAAACCUAUUCUUCUUUCCCUAUAAGAGAGCAAGGAAAGCAAGCCAGUAAAGAGUAUUGGGACAUACCGCAUGUCUAUUCUGAGGGAGACUGGACACUGUCCUAUUUACCCUUCUGUGUGUUGAGUUUUUAACUAAUUUGAUUUGACUCAUACAUACGAGCUGACAGCUAACAAUUCAAUAAGAUUUUUUCCUUUUGUUUUGGUCAUUUCACUGUUACAUCUCCAGCAUUCUAUCUUUCAGAAGUCCACAGCCAAACACAAUAUUGGCUGUAUUUAUAUGUCAUAAUUUGAUGGAUUGAUUCUGAUUUGUCAUCUCAAAUAUGGCUGUGGACUAUCGCUAAUGAACUCUGAUCACGUCUAGCUCUCUGGUCAUUCAUGUCUCUGGUUCAGACUAAUUAGUUAUUGAGCUCAGACUGAGCUCAAAGUGUUUUUUAACUCUUAUGGUUUCUCAGUUUAUUUUGCUGGCAUUAUUUGGUAUUGUUCAGACUGUUCACCUACCUUACAUCUGCAUGCUUUGUGUUUCACUUGAAGUCAGAUGGCCACCAGGGUUUGUUGAGUUGUUCUUCUUUUGAAAGACUUUUCGAUGAAUCAUACUGUUUGGUUUCUGAUGGAUUACCAAGUCUCCUUUCAAAUGAGAGUUGUACAGGGGUCAGACUUUGGCUUGUCGGUAGGCCUGACUCUAAUCACAACUCCCUCUCCUAGUUGGGUGUUCCUCCUGGUUGUUUUGUUCAUUUGUUUAAAGUACUUUUGCUCACCAACUAGUAGCCUAAUGAUACAGAUUGUUCGAGCCUUGUAUGUAAAUAAUUAUAAAUGGAGUUUAAGUGUGGGUUCGAGAGAUGGGGGAGGGGGGGAAGACAAUGGGUUGAGAAGUAAUGCACUGUAGUAUGGUGAAUGAGAUUAUGUAUAUUGUUUCCCCAAAAAGUCAAACUCAAGUGUAAACUGGAAGACAAUGAAAUGUGGAAAAAUGCUCAUCCAUUUUUGUAUUGCUUUGACUGUAUGAGCUGUAUUGAUCUGUAUGAGUUUGAAGAAUCUGGGCAUAUAUUUAACCUUGAUUACAUUUAUGCUCAUCUCUAUUACCUGAAUGUCUUCUCUCUUYUUUUYUUUUCUUUUUUUUACACAAUGUAAAUGUUAAAUUUUAGAGGUAAGUUUGUUCUACUUUUUGUUACAGUCCAGGUGUUAAGAUUAUGUAGUAGACCUUCAUCAGUGUCAUUACAGAUGGUUUUUUUGCAAUCUUUUAGAAAUUAUCAUUUUAUAAACGUUGCGUACACUCUGUCCCAAAACAUGUGUGCCAGUUUUCAUGCAAAAUGUGUCAUUUAUAAAAAUGAAAUUUGAGGUGAA